ACUUUUUCUGGAACGCGGACGACGCGUUUUGGUUCAGAUAAAUGUCUCAGAGAGCCCUUUACCUGGUCGCCUCCUCCCUCUUCUCCCCUCUACUUAAGAACCCCAUUCAUCCCAUCCCCCCUCUCCCUCUCUUAUCCCCAUUUCUCAGAGACGCGGAAGAAGAAGGAAGGGGAAAGAAGUGAUAUAGCGGAGGUAGCCCAAGCUACACCAGUUUUUCUAUCAUCAAUGGCGGAGCGCGUGCACCCAGCCGCUCCGGAGCCCGCCAACCAGCCGCAGCCUAAUCAUUCGGAGUCCGACGCAAAGUCGAAGUUCGACUCGGGAGAGCACUCCAACCCUCGCUCCUCUCCGACCCCCAGCUACGUGAUCCAAAUUCCCAAGGACACGAUCUACAGAGUGCCCCCACCCGAGAACGCCCGCCUCUACAAGAAUUACUCCCGCCCCAAGCGCGGCUGCUCCUUCUGCCGCGUCCUCUGCUGGUUCGUCUUCUUUCUCAUCCUCCUCGCCAUCGCCGCCGCCGUUGCCGCCGCCGUCCUGUACUUCGUCUUGCAGCCCAAAGCCCCCUCCUACUCCAUCGAUUCCCUCUCCGUCAAGGGCUUUAACGUCUCGCAGACGCUGAUCGCGUCUCCCGAGUUCGACGUCUCCGUCCGCGCGGAGAACCGUAACAAGAAGAUCGGCAUCUUCUACGAGACAGGCAGCAGCGUCUACAUUUCGUGCUCCGGCCAGCAGCUGGUUUCCGGCCAGCUUCCGACGUUCUACCAGGGAACGCAGAACGUGACGGUCUUCGUGACGGCGCUUACGGGGUCGAACGUCCAGCUGACGAGCACCGUCCGCGACGCGCUGAUCCAAGGGCAGAACAACGGCCGCGUCUCCUUGUACGUGUCCAUCGACGCCCCCAUCAAGCUCAAGGUCGGUUCCGUCAAGACGUGGAAGUUCACCGUCAAGGUCCGCUGCGACGUGACGGUGGACAAGCUGACGGCGGACGCGACGGUCGUCAGUAAGGAUUGCGCAUACUCCGUCAAGUGGUGACCGGCUUCCGGUGGACGCAGUCCAUUAUCAUCCUCGUUCCCGUUUUGUUAUUUAAAUAAGUAGAGAUGGAUGGAUUAUUAAAUUUUUGCGUUUUGUAUAAAUAGAGAAGACAUAAAGACAUUACUUGGUAUACAGUCACCUUUUUUAUGAUA